GGCUGCCCAUGGCUCGGACGCCAUGUUCGAGGGUCUGUUCAUUCGUGAAGCAACCGGAGAAUGAACAUAACCGGGCUGCUCAGCUCGUACUGCGAUCUGUCCGGCGAGCAGGAGAACCAAAUCAACGAAUUUGUGGCCCGAGCCCUGCUGUACGUUGUCCACCAUCAUAUACUCAGUGUGACGCCCUCCCUGGUGCUGAUCCUGUGCUGCCGGAGCGAGCACACCUGCAACUUUUACAACGAAAUGAUGAGCACCCUCUUCCGCAACUGGGGCCUGGCACCGCUGCAGAUUGUCAAGGUGGAGCAGGGGGUGCCCUGGCGUCCUGUUGCGGGGCGCAGGCACUUCAAUGUGAUAUUCACGGACUCGUUUGCGGCCUUCUCGGAAAUCCGGAUGGAGUACUAUGCCCGCGAGUACAACUACAAUGAGCACUACUUCAUCUUCCUGCAGGCGCGUGACCAUCUGCUGCAGGAGGAGAUGCGCCAGAUCUUUGAGUACUGCUGGCGCUACCACCUCAUUCACUGCAGCGUCCAGGUGCAGAAGUCCAAUGGGGAUGUGCUCAUAUACAGCUACUAUCCGUUCAGUGAGCGCAGCUGCUCGGAUAUGUCGCCGCAGCUCAUCAAUCGCUACAAUGGCAGCGCUCUCCUCGAGCCGGAGAUCUUUCCGCGCAAGCUGCGAAAUCUGUUUGGCUGCCCUCUGCGCUGUGCCCUCUGGAAUGUGCCACCUUUCGUUGAGGUACACGAGUCGGAGAGCACCGGCGCCAGCGUCAGCGGUGGCUACGAGGGUCGCCUGCUUCUGGCCCUCGCCGAGCGGAUGAAUUUCUCCAUAGCCGUGCGUCAGCUUCAGGCGAAAAGUGUCCGCGAUGAGGCCCUGGAGCUGCUGCGGCGUCACGAGGCUGAUCUGACGCUGGGCGGUAUCCGGCAGACGGUGGACCGCAGCCUGCUGGCCACCUCUACGCACAACUACCACCAGAGCCGCGAGGUGUUCGGCAUCCUGGACUCCAGCUUUGAGUUGAGUUCGCUCGACAUCCUUUUCUAUCCAUACCGCCUGCAGAUCUGGCUGGCCAUUGUCGGGGUCCUGGCCCUGUCGGCGCUCCUGCAGCUGGCCAUCGAACGGCUGCUGCGCGAGACGCGGCCCGAGUCCAGGCUCUGGCUGAAUCUGGAGCUGAUCUUUGUGGGUAUGCCGCUGCUGAGGGCGCCACACUCGCACAGCGGACGCCUCUACUGCCUCAUGCUGAUGCUGUACACACUGAUCAUUCGGACGGUGUACCAGGGCCUGCUCUAUCAUUUGAUCCGCACCCACCAGCUGAACAGGUGGCCACAGUCCAUCGAUGCCCUGGUGCAGCAGAACUACACUGUGGUCCUAACGCCGUUGGUGCACGACGUGCUCUCCGAGAUACCCAGCGUGCAGCACAUGACCUUCCGCAUUCUCACAGACGUCGAGGAGACGGUGCCCCUCGAGUACUUGGCGGCCAAUCCGCAGGAGCCACGCCUUGUCUCUGCCUCGGCCCUGGAAAUGUACAUCCACUUCAAUCACCUGAGGGCGGAGCGGGCCCAGAGGAUGGGCCAGAGGCUGGGGCAGCCCGUGGAGGCCGAUCACUUCGAGAUCAUUGCCGAGGACAUUGUGAGCCUGCAGAUGACGAUGUACCUCAGCAAGCACUCCUUUCUCAUCGAUCACCUGAACGAGGAGAUCAUGUGGAUGCGAUCCGUGGGCCUGGUCUCCGUUUGGGCACGCUGGGAGCUCGUCGGGAGCUACCUUCGCAACGAGCAGGGAUUCAAGGAGCUCGGUCUCGUGGAGCUCUACGCCAUGUUUCUGCUGGUGCUGGUGGGUCAUGUCCUGAGUCUGCUCAUCUUCCUCCUAGAGCUACUCUCCCAGCGAUUGGUUUCCCUGCAACGGCUGUUCUUGUAGCCCCACUUCCCACUCCCCACUCCCCACUGCGGUGUCCGGCGAUUUGUAAACCUCUUACGGGCCGACACAUGCCGUUUGCAUGUCGCUGACACUAACGGGGUUGGCAGUGGAGGCGGUGGCACCACCACACAAAAACCACGCCCGACCCCUGUCUGAGGCACGGCACAACCUGUCUGUGUCUGUGUGUGUGCUCCGUUGAUGGUGUUCAUUUAUGGUUAUGCGCCUCAUGCAUAAUACUGACACCGAAACCUGUCACGCACAUGCCCCGAUACCGCCACCCACAGCCGUUGGAGGGAGGUGGUGCUCUGAUGGUGAGGUGGGUUGGGGUGGGGUGGGGUGGUCUGCCUUGGGAGGCACCACCACGCCCUACCGUGUACGCAGCAAUUAGUUUAAGUGAUGAACGCUGAUUUGUUAAUGCAUUACAGCUAACAGUCACGGGUUUCCUAUUCGUACAAUUCAUUUCAAUCGCUUGGAAUCGCUUGUAAUCGCUUGGGAGUUUGCGUUUUCCUUAUGGUAUACAGUGCGCUUCGCAUCUAAAGGUCAAUCGAUAGUAUGUAAUAACAAAUCGCUGAAUUCGCUGUCAAAACUUCCCAUAAGCGAACGGCAACAGAGACCAUUCGACCAAGUCACGUGUGAACGUGGUAGCCGAAGACCCUGAAACAUUUGUCCCCGAAAAAGUUAUAUUUUAUUCAAAUAAAUGAACGAACAAUAUCAACUGCAUCUAGAAGCUAAAACAUCCAUCUUUGGAGAUACACUCGUCAUCGUUACCGGAACUGGGCGCU